AUGGAACUUCACAAAAGGCGCCAUGCUAUAAUGGAGCCGGAAACCAGGUAUUUCAUGAGGCAACUGAUCGAGGCUUGCAUUUAUCAGCAUGAAAAUUAUGUUAUUCACCGCGAUCUGAAGCUUGGAAACCUUUUCUUGAACGAUGACAUGGAUUUGAAAGUCGGCGAUUUCGGGUUGGCUACGAAACUAGAUUACGAAGGAGAGAGGAAAAAGACACUUUGCGGUACCCCAAAUUACAUUGCUCCAGAAAUGCUAGGUAAAAAAGGACACAGCUUUGAAGUUGACAUUUGGGCGAUCGGCUGCAUAGUAUUCACACUACUGGUCGGUCGACCACCGUUCGAAACAAAUUCUUUGAAAGAAACCUACAAUCGAAUAAAAAAGAACGAAUCUCAUUGUCCGAUGCGUAUUAGUACCAGCGCUCGGCAGCUAAUCCAACGACUGCUGCAACCGGGCCCGCACAACCGUCCUACCAUAAAGGAGCUGCUCAGUUUUGAAUUCUUCGUUUCCGGUUUCACACCCACCAGACUUCCGCCAAGCUGUCUAACAAUGGCGCCAAAGCUUCCUGUGGAUAUAACGGUUUCUGCUCUGGGGGUUGAACGUAAGCCUUUGACGGACACUUCUAAUAUACGAGUUCUGAGUCCUAUGCAGCAAGUAAGGAAAGACAUGCUAGCGGCCCCUUUCCGGGCCUUGAAUGUAGUGCCUGAAAAUUACGUUUUACCAAACGAGAAAGUUCAACAACAUUUUGAAAUGCCAGUUACGGACAAAGAUGAAAUGCCGUUCGAUUGCUACCUUGGAAAGUUGUACGGACAGCUGAUCGAGCUGAUUCAUGCGGACCCAGUCAGAAAUGGAAUGAUCAGACAAGAGGAGGCUGAAGAUCCUGCUUCCGCUCCCAUAAUUUUGGAUUAG